AGUUAAAGCUUCGAUUCACUUCAGCAAUGUGGCUUUGCAAAAUGUACAUAAAUAUUCAACUAAAAAUUUAAAUGUCAACAAAGCACAAAUUUUAAUUCUACGAAAAGCAAUAACUACAACAAGGGAAAUGUGCAUAAAAAAUGCUUGUGAUGGUCUACAAAUAGUAAACAAAAACAAAAAAAGCUGAAAGCUGAAAGCAAACAGAAACACCAAUUACUAAAAAUGGAUAAUAAAAUAUGCAAAUAUGUUAAAAAAUUUACAAACUUUAUUUAUGUAUGUACAUAAGUGCUUGAGGAACGAUGUGAACACAAAAUAAAAUUUACGAAAUAUUUGUGUUGUUAUUAAAUUCACAAGCAAAAACUUUCGUCAUAUUUCCAACAAAUAACUCAAACUAAGCAACCAUGUCGUUAACUGUGAAAAUUGUGCAAUUUCAAUUGCCGAAGGCCAAAUCUAAUUUAAUCGCACGCGUCGAAUUCCGAGGUGUUGCCCAUAUAACAUCAGAAUUAAAUGCUGAUUGCAACGUUAUUGAUGUUAAUCAGUCUUUCAUUUGGCCAUUGGCACGGCCGGCCACCGAUGAGGAGCCACUUACAGUCGAGUUGCGUACACAAACCACAAAGACUCUGCUGCGUACUGGGCUCAGUCAUGCCUCGGGCGGUCUGAUGGGCGGCGGUGGGAGUAGUGGCAGCGGUGGCAGUAUGAGCGGCAUCAUCAGCAGCAGUAGCAAAUGUGUUGGUCAAUACAUUGUGUUGAUGCAAGCCUAUACGAAGAAACACUCUGGGGCACUUGUUGUAUUCGAAGCGAGAUACACAUCGCCCGACGAUGCUGCUGGCAAUUUUGAGCCGACCAAUCUGGUGCGACCCAUACAGGAGCAGCACAAUAUUAGCUGCAGCAGCCAAAGUUUGGACGAUGAUCAACAGAUGCUUCUCGACAUCGAACAGAACAUAGCGAAUCUGGAGCGUAGUCUGAAUCGAGAAUCGGGUGGUGGCGCCGCAUCCAGUGGCAGUGAAUCGCAUGGCACGCAAAAGAAACGCCAUUUGCUGCGGCGCGUUAUGACCGCCGCGCAACACAGUACAACCAGCGUUUCGUCAAGCCGCCAACGAAUCGAAUUAAAAUUUGACAAAUUUGGCAAAUCACCUACAACUGGUCGCAGCGGCAGUGUCACCACUCUACUCAGCACCACACCCAAUGCAAAUGCCACCACCACCAUCACAUCAACAACAGCGGGUGGCAGUAGUAGCGCCAGCGCACUUGCCGCUGCCAUGCGCCGCAGUGAAAGUCCACAGCCCAAGGAGAAGAAGCUUACCAUGCGUACGGUGCGCAACAUAAUGCGUCUAGGGCGCGGCAGGCAGACGUCACAGUCACGCGACAGCAGCACCGAGGAUGAAGGCAGGUAAGUAGCGUUAUUAAAA